AUGGUGUCGUCGAUGAUCAAGAAGCUCUUGCACCUGGCGACUGUAGCUAUAUCUCCAGUUAUUGCCAAGCCUCAUUCAAAAUGCACAGCCGGAAGCUUACUGAUCACUCACGGGACCAUCUCCUCAGUCCAGCACAACGUUGCUGGCGAUGUCAUACCCCUGCCUAACACAGUAGCAUCCUGCGGAGGUCCAAACUUCAAAGCUAACAUUACAGCAGACCUCUGCAGAAUUGUUGUCAACGUCUCAUCAAGCGACUUCAGCUCGGUCCGUAUCGAGGCAUGGCUUCCGGAUGACUGGAACACACGUCUACUGGCCACAGGAACAGGCGGUAUCGGGGGAUGCAUUGACUUCCCGUCUGUGCAGAACGGGGCGCAACUAGGCUUUGCCAGUUUUGGUACGAAUACGGGCCACGACGGCGAGCAAGGCUUCGAGUUCUUUCUCAACCAACCAGGGGUCAUCAACGACUUCGGACAUCGAAGGAUCCACGUUGAAGCGGUAGUCGCCAAGCAAAUCGUGCAGCACUAA